UACAACUAUCAGCUGUCAUAUAGUUUUGAAUAGAUCAGUGACUUUUAUUUUAGUUUUGAAACAUCUCGAACAUCUCGAUACGAUGUCUCAAACCUUCAUCAAGGAUGAUUUCAUUAAAGAAAAAUGGGUGCAGAUCUGCGACGAGGAGCUCCUCGACGAGGCGCCCACGAUGGAGUACGGCCACAUGGUUGCCUUCUUGUCCCUGGAUAUGACCAUGCAAGAAAAGGACGCAUACAUCGAACAAGAGAUGAAAGACCAGCAGACUAAGAACGAAGAGAAGUACAAAGUCGUGGUAAAAAUCUCUCCUCAAGGCGAAGUAGAUCAGCCGAGAGGUGUGGACGUGAGAGGUAUACUUAUAUCUUCGCAGAUAACGAAAGCCGUCUGCUCACUCUGUGCGGCGUUUGAUUCCUUGAAAGUUCUAAGAUUGAUAAACUGUAACUUGAAGGCUGAGUCAAUCUUUUUACUUUCGAGUUUGCUCGGAGACACGAAGGUUUCUUAUUUGUACCUAGACAAAAACCCAAUUGCCGAUCAGAACUAUCAUAUCAUUCUCAAAUCGAAUUUCGUGUUGCAACAUUUGUCACUCCGGAUGUGCAGGAUAGACAAGAAAGGCGCUAUGAAUCUUGCAUCAGUCCUGAUGUACAGUAAUCCAGAGCACCAGAGGCUUCUCUCGCUCAACCUCAACGGGAACCUCAUCGACUGUACAGGCAUUGAAGAACUCGCACGUGCGCUGAGGUGGAAUCGGAAACUGCUGUAUCUGUCGUUAGCAGGGAAUCGAAUUGCCGACAAGGGUGCGAAGGCCCUAGCCGAAAUACUUCUCCCGUUCCAGCUCACCUAUGAAGAGCUGGUCUUCAGAGCUCAAAGGAUCUCCGACCGUUUGAAACUUGUCAGAAAAACCAUGAUGGAACAAUCACAGACUACGGCAUUUAAAAAGAAAAAGUCUUCCUUCGGAAUAGAUAAUCUGAACGAAACGGUGAUGUCUCAGAAAAGGACCGAAGUGACCGAGAGUAUAUCUUAUUUCAUCCAAUUGAUCCGAAUAGCGGACGAUACGACGCCGUUGGACGAACAUCCUCUGAUGGCAGAAGUCGAGGAAUACGACGAUGAAUACUGGAACAAAGGAAACGACAUACUAAGCAGCUUAAACCUCAGCUACAACCAGAUCACCAGCGAAGGGUUGACGUAUUUCUUCGAAGUUGCCAAAUACCAAGAUAGGUUUUUCACCUCGAAAAACGGACUAACUAGGUUCCUUUACGAUGGAAACCCAGUCGCAGAUACAGACGGCUAUCUUUUGAAAGGUCUCAAAUCCUAUUUCUCUGGGCAGAAACAUACCAGUGGGACAAAGCCAAGGAGACAUUCAAGAUAUUGAAUUUUUUUUAGUACCGUCAUAAAGCAAUUUAGAAUAACCAUGUACAACAGAAUUAUUCAUUUUUGAAAGUAAAAAAGAAAAACAAUGCACGUAAUAAUUGAACAAAAAUAAACAGUAUACCUCCAACA